AUGUCGCUCGACAAGGCUGCAGACAUUAAAAGUAAAGAGAUCGAUAAAAUCAAACGUCGUCACAAAACUGACGACACUGUUGUUGCAACACUGUUAAGAAGCAGUGAAGAUACAUUCCAGUGCACAAAAAUGGAGAACGUUGACGAAAAUGCUGGGAAACCUACCGAGUUAUUUUUACAAGGUAACUCCCAUCUCGUAUCAAGUACAACCAGCAGCCUGGCCGAUACGCCCGGUGACUCUGGUGUGUUAUGUUUAGACAGUGAAGCUUCUGAAGCUACCAGUCAGGCUCUUAUGUCUCACAGUCUUAUUGGAGCAGAAGAACUGGCUUGUGAUAGCAUUUACGAUGCAGCACCCUCAGGAUCACAGGAUAUGAUUAAAAGCACUAACAGUAGCAUAAUGACUCGUAGUGAUAUUGAUAAUCAAAAUAUAGGUGCCCCUGAUGACAUUGUCCCUGAACUUCUGGUUGAAGCUCAUAAAAAACCUGUAUAUGAAAACUUGCCAGAUGUAGUAUUGAAAGCAUUAGAAAGUGAAAAAGUAUGUACAGAUGAAAUAAAAAAAUCAGCUUUGAGGACAUCUGAGCCAAAAAAAUCUUUAUCAGAAGAUAUUGUUUAUAGAAGAAGAUGUAGGAAAAAAUCUCAAAGUGGGCCAAGUUCACAGAAAAAAAGAGUAUCAUUUCAUGAAGAUAUUUUAAACAACACAAGAACAGAUAAUAUUCACAUAGAGAGAGGUUUUGUUUCCUAUGGCCCUGACAGUUCUUACUGUGAUAAAUUCAAACAAAAAAAUAUAAUUAAUGACAGAUUUUCAUGGUGUUCUGGAGAUAGAACUCCAAAAUAUGCAGCUGAUGUAGCUCAGCAAACUAUGUCAGAUAUAUUGACUUAUGGGGAUUCAAACCAUGAUAGAAGUGGUAUUUUUGAGUAUUGCAAGGAUUUUGAAGAGAAGAAUCAAGAUGAAAAGGAUAGGGUCAAUAACAAUGAAACUAAACCAUCUCAUGGUAAGCUAUAUGCCUGUGAUUCUAACAGUUCUGAUUCAAAUUUUAGCUGUGAUUCUGAAUCUUCCUCAAGUGAUUCAUCUUCUUCCCACUCAAAUAAAACAGAAACAUCCCCUGUUCGUAAGAAAACUGAUAAAACACAGAAAUCAUACUCCUGUGAUGGUUUUGAAAAUGGGGGUCAUGUGGCAUUUAUUAGAAAAACUUAUUUUUCUGAAGCUGAUAUUGACCAAAGCCAUGAUCGUAAAAAGAAACCACUUGAAGUUACCCAGAGCCCUAUAACAGUAAAAUCAGUGCUAAAAAAAAAGAGAUACAUUACUACCAAUGUAGUAGAAGAAAGAAAACAUAAUAAUAAAGUGUUAAGCUUAUUAGAUGCAAAUAAUAUUAUUGAUUCAUUAAAAAAUUUCUACAAAAAUUUUAAUUUCAACUUUGCACCUGAAAAGGGAUUGCCAGAAACCAGUUUUGAGUUGAAUAAUGUAGUAGAAGCGUGUGAUGUGAAUCAAAAUAAAAAGCUUUCAAAGAGUUUGGACUCUGGCUUUCAAAAUGAAGAUGAAGAUGAUUUUGUUGAAAUUAAUCUUAACUCGCAGCCUUUAGAUGUUGAAAAGCCAAAGGAUAUAAAAAUUCCUGUUACAGGAGAUAGGACUCCUAAUGAGGGAUCACCUCGGCAUAAAUUAACUUUGAACAUGAAAACUCAACAUGAUAAAAAACUAGUGAACAAAGGUGAAAUCCUACCACCCUUAAGCAAAUAUGUUGUUAAUUGUGAAAGCACUGUGUAUGAACAUAAAGGAGUAUCUUACAGUUAUGUCCAUGAUACAUUCCAAACAGCUUUUGAAGCACCAAAGGAGACAUUUGUACCCAUUCCGGAAUCUACACCUGUAAAGGAGUUGGUAACAAGUUCAAGUAAACUGGAUUUAAAUUCAAAACAGUCAGAAAACGACAAUUCGAGUCGAACCUCGACUCCAAAGCGACAGUUUAAUAAGAAUGUGCAAGAUGAAACAGAGCAGAAAAAUGGUCUAUCAAAGCAUUUAUCAUCGCCGAAGAAGCAAAAUGUCAACCGGUACAGUCGGAAAUCAGCAUCCACAGUUCAAAAGGCUGAAGAAACGCAACAAGCGAUUAGUGAUAAUUGUUCCAACACAGAUAAUUCAACCUUGAAGGGCGCCGAAGAUUUCAUCGAUGAAUUUUUCGACAGUCCCUCUAACCAAAAGUUGCAAUCUAACAAAUCCGCUCUACUUAAUAGAUAUCUAAGAAAUGUCUGUCAAAAAAAGGACCUUGAACUUAAAAUUAAAAAUAAUAAAUUCUUUCAAUUUAAAUUGAAAAUGGAGAGAGAGUUUCCAAGCAUUAUAUUCCCAUUUAAAAACGUGUCGGAAACAUAUCGCGUUUCCGCAGCGAGGAUGUCCCGACUCAUUGAGAAAGAAGUGAUUGAGAACAAAAGGCUUUCAGUGCGACUUCUCACGGCUGAAGAGCCCUCAUACUUUGACAGUUUUGAAGACAAUGUUGCUAUUGAAUGUAAUGAAAAAUUAAAACUUCAAAUAUUUUCUUAUCCCAAUGAAACAUUAAACCGGAUGAUGAAAGUACAAUCUCUAUAUAACAUGGAAGACGGAUCUUGGACUCCGCUGCUGGUGUUCAUAACGGACUACGCACUCUACGUAGCCGCCGUAAAGCCUGGUGGCACGGAAUACGACAUACUCUGUCGUUUGCCACACAACGAACUUGAUGCUAUCGCGGUUGGACCUGAAGCUCAAUACAUCCAAGUGAUAGACAUAGCGGGUAACAUCGCUUGUUCGGUCGUGACCGGGGAAGCGUCUCUCGGCGCGAGGCUUGCGUCUUCCUUGGAAUGGAGCGCGCGCACGUCACCAUUGCGUAUACAACGGCCGCCUGCUAUGUUGCCGCUAAACUGUCGCCAACUUGCCUCAGCUGUAACCCGUCAAAGGCAUGAGAAACGAGUACCACCAAUACUUUUCUACGGGCGAGCCUGUUCAGGAGACGCAGAGGAUAGACUCAUAGAAGCUCCCGGUGCUUUCGCACCACCACUAGAGGGCUAUCUGAUGUGCAAGACUGAGAAGAGCAAGCGGUUUGAGCCUUGCUACUUUUUGCUUAGGGCUGGUGUCCUCCAUUGGGGCGCACAUUCGCCAGACGGCACGCCGUUGCCAAACAACAUAGCGCUGCGGUCGGUGGUGGGCGUGCGGCGACACGUCGACCCCUCGCGGCGGCCGCAUUGCUUCGAGAUAGCGAUGAGCGACUCCACUCGACUGUUGCUGGCUGCUCCGGACGACCCCACCGCCUCCUCUUGGCUACAGUCUCUGCUUUUACAUGCGGCACAGGCUUUGGAAGAAAAGGACGGUGCGAAGAAGUGCGACCCUCGGUGCGGGGGCCCGCCGCCCGCCUGCACCGUGCUGGUGACGCCGCACGAGGUGCUGAGCCUGCGCGACGCGCUGGACGCCGCCUUCGUGGCGGGCGCCGCCGCCUACCUCCGGGAGAGGGGGUCGGAUGCUCUGCUCAGAGAAUACAUUGAAGAUAUGAGGACAGAUAUAGAGAUCCUGGCUUGUGGGUCUAUCAAGAAUUUGACAGCUUUCAAAAUACCCGACACAGACGAGAAUUGGUGUUGCUUGGAGUGGAGUGUAUGUGAAGCGCGAGAGCGCGGCACCGGCCUAGCGUUAGUCCUGUCCAGCGGCGCUGAGCUUGAACGUCUCAUCGCUGCACUCGAAACUGCAUACAAUGGACUCACGCACGAGCCGUUCCCCCUCAGCGUGGUGGAGGCGAGCAAGUCCGCGUGCAGCGCCGCGCACGCCAAGUACGAGGCGGCCUGGUCCCACAUGCUGCCUCAACAG